AUAUAUGUGAAUGCGAUGAGUGAAUCGGAUGCAAAAAACCCAACAUUCAAACUAGUGUUCAUCGGUGACAGCGGUGUCGGCAAAACAAGUCUCGUCGAGCGGACGGUUAGGAAUUGUUUCAAUGAGAGCACCGAUAGUACAAUAGGCGCAGCCUUUCAACGAUAUGCGCUCAAAGCCAAUGAUAACAUUACUGUCACGUAUAAUAUAUGGGACACUGCGGGACAGGAAAGGUAUCGAUCUCUGGGACCCAUUUAUUAUCGUGGAUCAGAUGCCGCUAUUCUUGUUUACGACAUCACAAAUAGUGCCAGUUUUGAAAACAUUGAGUUUUGGAUUUAUAGUUUAAAAAGUGUUUUGGGAUCUCAUAUUGUCAUGGCUUUAGUC